UGACGUCAUGUACAUAGGUGUCCACAAAUGGACUGUGAACCAUCUUGAGCUUCACAUCCAGUUAGUUCUCUGCCUUCUCGAACUAGCGUCGUUCGACGAAACCCCUAAUUGUUAUUUUCUGCGCGGAUAUCAAUUUCUCGGUCUGAACUACAGGUUGGGUCAAGCAUUGACGUUUGGUGUUUGUUUAACAUAUUUUCAAACGCGGGUCUUCUUUUGGAAUAACAGCAAUUGUACGCUAUACUAUCGUCCUCCAGACCAAUGGAGAAAAUGGCCAGACCUGUUCCUUUAAACUCAUCUUUCCAAACUCCAACUAAUGGCGUACUGAAAUCCCUGUUGGAGAAUCCAAUGAAGCUGCCAUUUCACCAUGAAGGUUUUGGAAAAGAGAAGAAUGCGAAAGAGAAAAAGUUGGAUGAGGAAGGCGGUGCCAAUACUCCACAGUCGGCCUUCCUAGGGCCAACCCUGUGGGACAAGACCUUGCCAUAUGAUGGGGACAACUUUCAGCUAGAGUACAUGGACCUGGAAGAGUUUCUGUCAGAGAAUGGCAUCCCCGCAAACUCAGCUCAGAAUAACCAAAACCAGCCACAGCAGUCCCGGCAGCCCACUAUCCAGCAGGUUUCCCCAGCACUCCCCAUACCCUCUGUGGUCGACCUCAGCAGCCACGCCACUACCUCCGUUCAUACAGCCAUGGUCUCCCAGAACUGUCUCCAGAGCCCCCCAGCCAGAGCAGUGCUACCCUCAGCUGCCAGGAACACCCCCAGCCCCAUCGAUCCAGAGUCUAUUCAAGUUCCAGUGGGCUACGAGCCCGACCCUGCAGACCUGGCUCUGUCCAGCGUACCCGGACAGGAGAUGUUUGACCCCCGAAAACGCAAGUUCGCCCCAGAGGAGCUCAAACCACAGCCCAUGAUCAAAAAGGCACGCAAGAUCUUCAUCCCCGAAGAUCUCAAGGAUGACAAGUACUGGGCCAGACGCAGAAAGAACAACGUAGCAGCCAAAAGAUCACGAGAUGCCAGGCGACUGAAGGAGAACCAAAUUGCCAUCCGGGCUGGCUUCCUAGAGAAGGAGAACGGUGCACUUCGCUCAGAGGUGGCCGACUUGAGGAAGGAACUGGGUCGCACCAAGAACAUUGUGGCCAAAUACGAGGCUCAGCAUGGGCCCCUGUGAACCUCCCCAAACCAACGUCCACACCACACCCUUCCCUCUCACCCCCUCACCCAAGAGUUUAAAGGACAAUGUGCCUCCCUUUUGGUGGCACUGGCCCCCACACACACCAGCCCCUCACCCCUGUACAUGAUAAUCCUAUAGGAUUCUAUCAUUUUGAAUUCUGUCACUGGCAUCCGUUUGUUUGUUCCUUUUGUUUUCUCACUCAUCCUUCAUGUACAAACAUGUAUGUAUGUAUGUAUGUAUGUAUGUAUGUAUGUAUGUAUGUACAGUAUGCACACACACUUUCCUCUUUCAAGUACUACAAGGCACUUUGAGUGUUAAUGAGCCAACAACCUACUCUCCGGAUCCCUACCCUGUCCCCUCUUUCCACUGUUCAUUUUGUAAAUGAUGCCAUGGUGUUUGUUUUCCCCCUUUCUCACCUGUUUUAUACAUGUGAUCAGGACUGAGAGCUGUUGUAAUGUAUCUCCCUCCCCAUCCUUAUGUUCUUCCAGUGCUGUUUUCAGAGGGAUUCUCCUCCUACCUAAGACCCUGUUCCUGUCUGUUGUUAUGUCCUGUAGCUUCCUUUCUCAAACGGUUUGUACCGUACAUUCGUAUUGCAAUUUGUUUUGUUAUUGUACUUCCGUGAAUAUUAUACAUUUUCGUGUCCAUUUUUGUUCUAUUGCGGCGCUGUAACAUCAGUUCAUCACAUCAGGACUAUAAGCUACUCUUGUGAUUUUAAUAUUUUCUUUGUUAGCACUUAACCUCUCUCUCAAACCUCAGUAUAACUGUACAGUUGAAAAGAAAAACCAGCGAUUCUUUUUAUCACACAUUGAGCAAUAAUCUUUUCCAAAUCUAUAUUAAUUCAUGCUACCAAGUUUUUCCUCCCACACCGAUUCCCCCAAUCAGAGCACCUCUUGGUCUCCAGUAGAACCCACAACCCUCUUGUCUCGCGUUGCACGGCACGGUCAUUUUCUGUUGGGAGUUGCGCUAGCUAGCAUGGUGAUGGUGGACAGAUUUCCCACCCUGUGCUCAGUGGUCUCUCUGCUGCAGCCUGUUCCACAACCACAACUCCGCUAACCCUCUCUGCACCAAUCAUCUAACACGUGUCACAAUCUGCCCUGGUGCAAUGUUCCUCAGUCUAAUCUGCCUGAUAUUUAUGUAUCUUUUCUGUUAAAGGACAGAUUCAUUUUUUUAAAAUAUUGAAUUGUUAUUAUUAUGACUUCUAUUUGUGUCGUUGAUAUUGUUAUUCUUAUUAUUAUCAUCUCAUCGUUUUUAUUUGAAUAUUUCAGCAUGAUUUCUCAGAACACAAACCUCAAGCUAAUCGCAAAGUGGUUGAAUUAUUUCCUUUUUAUUUAGCAUGAUUAACAAGAGUGGUUCUUUUAAUAAUCAAUAGAGAUAUCUGUAUUUUUGUAGAUAUGUGUUUGCCUUCUUCUGUAAGAUGGCUGUAUGAAUGUAAAAGAUGUUGGGGGAAAAAAGUUGAAUGGUGUUGUCCAGUACUGUGGUUAUCCCAAACAAUUAGUUUACUACAAACCAAAAGAUUCAGUACAGAGAUGAUACAUUGGUUAUAAGAGAUGUUUAUAUAAAGCUAUUCUAUAUGGGGGUUUUUGUACAGUAUUUUUCCUAUACAUUACUGGCUAUGUAUUUUAAAGGCACAGAAUCCAGAAUAUUAUUAUUAUAUUAAAGAAUACAAAUACAUUACUCAAAGAACCAAUAUAGUAGUGUUUUGAUAUCUUAACCAUAACAAUGUGGUAGUUUUACAGAGAUUCCUCCAAAUCCAGCAGCAGUAACGGAUACUAUUGGGCAUUAUUCAAAGACACUCCUGUAUCCUGGUUAUAUACUAUAGAUUUAGCCAUCAGUAACCUUUAGUUCCUUGUGUCAUGGAAUCGUAGUGCUUUAAGCUCGAGUCUCCCCAACGUUCACAUGAAAUAAAGUUGUGAGUAUGGAGGACGGAAUGUAUGAAAUGAUCUUUAAUCGGUUUUUGUAGAGACCCACUAUUGCCAAGGAGAUGCCAACACUUGUUUGCUAUUGAUUGUCCCCGAUGUCACCACUAGGUGUCUCAAUUAGACUCCUGUUAUGGGUCCCUUCAGUCAGAGAUGACCAAAAUAAGUCACCGGAGUCCUUUGAUAGUAAAACUGAAAAGGUUUACCUUUAGUCAUAUUCUGAUAUAAACUAAUAUGACUAAUAUUUGGAGCCACCUCUAUGCUCACUAGUUAGAACGAUGUUACAAUGAAGGGGAGGGCAAUUUCAGGUUACUGUAGCUGCUGUUUGUCUGCUUGUUCGACCUUUGCAGUUCUAGUAAGCCCACUGCCUGAGUGAUAUUACUCUCAAUGACACUGCAUAGCUUACUGAAAUCUCUCUAAUUCUGCUAUAAUACUUUCACAGUUGACCAAAUACAGUGUAGUGUUCCUUACCUGUUGCAGAUCAUGGUCCAGCCAAGGUGAGAGUAGAUAUGAUGUUUUGGCUGUAGAGAAAUGGCUGGAGGUGGUUUUCCUUAUUCGCAUUUCUAUAGCCCAUCCGUACAGAUAUGGGUUUUGUUAGCUGUGUGUGUCCAUGUAUUUUAACAUGCUAUUCUGUACUAUGGAUGUACCAUAUGAAAGAAUAGGAUAAAGCCAUUACCAGUCCACACAUUGCCCACAUACCUCCCUGUAGAGUGACUUCACUACCUCACCCAUGAAUGGAAAAAAGUAACCAUAAUUCUGAGUCUAUUCCAGUGCCUUGAAUACACUGACUGUUCCUCAGUCUCUCAGCGACUUAUUGUCAUUAUCACCACUUGAAUAGGUUCAGAUCUAAUGCAGCAAAUGUUCUAUAUAUUUACCAUUUUCUUUCUACUUAUUUAAAACACAAUUAACUAAUUAUCAUUGUAUUAAUGGCAACACCAAUGGACUGUUUCACAGAGGGUACAUAGAUACACAAUGAAAGGAGUAUUCUGUCUUGUCUGUCAUGGAAUGAAUGCAUAACAUAUGAUAUUCAGGCCUUGGCCUCCCGAUCUGUAAUUCAUAGUGUCUAAUAAAGUAUUUUCUGUUUCUUUUGA